AUCUCCACCGGCGCCUUUGAGCAAUCCUUCCCUGUUCUCGCCCCUCCUCUCGUCGCGUCUCUUCUCUCUCUCUCGGUGGUUCUCUUCCGGCUUAUCCCUACGAUCAUCGCGAGCGCCCAGCAGAUGAACGGAGCUCUGGAGACUCCUCGUGUCGAAGAGUUUUAUUGGACAUAAAAGUGGAAUUAUUGGGACUAGCUGUUUUGGAAGUGUAAAGUCGAGAUGAUGGAUUAUCAGAACUUAAACUUCUAUCUCAAAAAGUCGAGAAAGGAACUUCAGAAAUUGUGCAAGCAGCAUGAUCUUCCUGCAAAUAGAAGCCAUGCUCAACUAGCCAAGUCGCUGGUUUCACUGUUUAAGAAAAGAAAUGCCAGUUCAGCAUCAUCACUGGAGAAAUCAACUAAUUCUAAGGAUGGAAUUUCCAAAAAAUCAUUUGUAUUAGAAACAAAAGUCAAACAAACAUUCAUUUCUCUGGACGAAUCAGCCGGAGGACUGUUUGGAAGAUCAAAUUCUUCUAUGGUUAAUAUACAUGGACGGUCUUCUAGCGUUAGUGAAAUUCCAGGUGAAAGUAGAUCACUCUGUCAGACUGGUAAUCAAAUGAAACUUAUUGGCCAUAUGGUCAAUCUAACUUCUGAAAAGCCACAAACAUGGCCUGCUAAUAAUAAAGGUACGGAAGGUUUUGGAUCUUCUUCUGAGCAUUGUAACAUGGGAACAAUAUCUUGUGUUGCUGCUGAUAUCCAAGAAAUUGCAACAAAUCGACUUCAUGGUCUGGAUUGCAAGGAAGCGAGUUUCAGAAGUGCAUCUGGAAAAUUGUUGGAUCAUAGAAAUCCAGAGGAGAAAUUAACCCAGGAUGCUAUUACAAACAGUAGAACUUGUAAUACCAUUCCUGUACCAUGUGAACAUAAUAAACCUCAGGAAUACUCCAUGGAAAGUGGGUUUGUAUCUGCUGAUGAAAUUUCUACAAGAACCCCUUCACUUCAAUUCUUUGUGAUGUCAGAGGAGGGAAUUAAUUUAUAUGUUGAUUUGAAUUCUAGUCCAUUAGAAUGGAUCAAUAGCUUAAAGGACGAAGUGUGUGUCCAUCAAAAUGCAGAACAUCAUGAGUCAAUGACUCUUUCAAAAGAUAUUAGUGGUUCACCAGAAGAUGAUCAUAUGAAAAUUUCACCAUCUGUUGACAGUGGGAUGCACCUUCAGUGUGUUGGAGUUGAUCGGAACACUGGUUGUACUAAUUCAUCAUUGAGUUCAGUUGUCAGUGAGAAUUGCAAUUCUGAGGCUUACCCACCUGACACAACUGUGGUGACAUCUGGAUCUUCUGUUUUGACAUCAGGCAGUGUUCCUGCUGGCUUAUCAGGUUUGGAGGAGAAUCAAGUGGUUUCAUCUUCUUGUGCAGCUUACUCAGUUCAAAACAACGUGGCAUCUGAUAUUGCAUCUUGUCCUCAAGAAGGUACAGUGUUAAUUCAAGACUCUAUUGAUGCUUCCUUUGCAAUGGUCAAAGGCAAUGCAUCACUUCCUGAUGCUUCUACAAAAUCUAUUGAUAACAAGGAUGUUGGUGCCAUUACUCCUGUUACAACUGAUGGCUUCAUUUCUAAGACUGCAUGCAUUGAUUUUGUUGGUGUUGAAGAUAAUGCUGUAUCUAAUACAUUGAGUGACGUUCCUGAUAAAAGUAACCUUCCUAUGUCCAAGGAUAUACAGAAUAGUACAGACACUAAUCAUUAUGGCCAUCUUAAUAAUUAUAGUAGAGCAUGUGAAGACUCAAUUAUGCAUGCCACCGACGAGCUGCCAGAGAAUGCCAGUCCACACGAAGGGUUGCCAAAUUCUGUUCAGCUUAUUGGACCGAUGGUACCAGAUGGUCCAAUGGCCGAUGCACAGUCAGAGGUGGGGGCAGCAGUUGGCCUUCUCUAUCAACCAGUAUGUGUUAACUCUGGAACGGUGAAUCCUGAGGAUCAAACUUCAACGUUUCAAGAUGAAUCGGGUCACAGCACACCAUUGAGGGGAAAGGACACUUCAGAAUGUUCUGGAGUGCAGACUUCCCUAGACAAUUGUUCCAAGAGAUCUAGCAACGUAGAGUUUCCUGAGGAGAUCCAUGUUAAGAGGCAGCACACUUGUGAAAAUAUGAGUGGGACAAUCAUGGACUUAAAAAGCACUAAAAGUUCAGCCAAGGAAGCAAUGUCUGAUGAGGUUGUUAUACCUAGGCGUUCCACAAGGCUUGUCUCUAAGGGAAAAAUAAUCUGUUUAAAGAGGUCAAGAGAUUUUGGAUGUAAAUGACCAUUUUAGUUUUUGAACACUGUAAAAUCCAUUGCAUGUCACAAACGACUGUUCCUGUACUGUGUUACAGUUGCCAUUUGUUGUUUGCUCCAGAGACCAAGCUUUCUAUUUGAACUUCAAAAAACAACUUUAAACACUGAACCAACUCCAGCGCCUGUCAUCAAGAGGAUUGUAGGCCAUGAGGGUUCCAUGUAGAAUCUUGAAAUAACACCCAGAUGGCAACAGCAUUGCAUCAUGGAAUUGGUUCAAGACCAGCAUCUGAAAUUCCAUCCUAUCCCUUCUAAGUUCCUGGUAUUUCACAAUGCAAAGGGAACAAGCCCUCUCAAAAUCAACUUUGUAUUUAUGUUUAAUGUUGCUAGACAUUCAUACAGGUCGAUCAUUUUUCAAUAACAUAGAAGACUUGUAUUGUAUGUGUUCAUUACUUGUACACUUCAUUAUAAGUUUCAGAUCAGUUAUUUAACUGAUAGUUGAUGUGUAAUGAAAUACUGAUAUGGAAUUUGAUGGAUUAAGUUUCUGAUUAAUGUUAAUUCUAUAUUACUAGA